AUGCCGGUGUUGUGUUGCCGGUGCUCUCUGGCUGGUCAUUUCAGAAACUACAGUGACAGUGAAACUCAAGAAGAGAUUUUUAAUUCCUUAGUGCAAUAUUUUGGUGAUAAUUUGGGGCAAAAAGUUAAAGCUAUGCCAUUAGUUGAAGAAAUGUCUUUACUUGAAGAUUCAUCAGUGACUUUGCCUGUGGUAAUAAUAGGAAAUGGACCCUCAGGAAUAUGCCUUUCUUAUAUGUUAUCAGGCUACAGACCAUAUUUAUCAUCAGAAGCAAUACACCCAAAUAUAUUCUUACAUAACAAAUUAGAAGAAGCAAGACAUCUUUCCAUUGUUGAUCAGGAUUUAGAAUACUUGUCUGAGGGCCUUGAGGGCCGAUCAUCCAACCCAGUUGCAGUACUUUUUGAUACACUUCUUCAUCCAGAUGCUGACUUUGGGUAUGAUUAUCCAUCUGUUCUGCACUGGAAAUUAGAACAACAUCAUUAUAUCCCUCACUUAGUUCUUGGUAAAGGUCCACCUGGUGGGGCUUGGCAUAAUAUGGAAGGCUCCAUGUUGACGAUCAGCUUUGGAAAUUGGAUGGAGUUACCUGGUCUUAAAUUUAAAGAUUGGAUGUCAAGCAAACGAAGGAACCUGAAAGGGGAUGGAGUUAUGCCAGAAGAAAUAGCUCGCUACUAUAAACAUUAUGUGAAAGUCAUGGGUCUUCAGAAGAAUUUCAGAGAUAAUACUUAUAUAACCUCUGUAUCAAGACUUUACAGAGAUCAAGACGACGAUGACAGUCAAGACAGAGAUAUUUCAACAAAUCAUUUACAGAUAGAGGAGACAAAAUUUAUCAAGAGAAACUGGGAAAUCAGGGGUUAUCAGCGAGUAGCAGAUGGUUCUCAUGUUCCCUUCUGUCUCUUUGCUGAGAAUGUAGCUCUGGCAACUGGAACAUUGGAUUCUCCUGCUCAUCUGGAAAUUGAAGGGGAAGGUUUUCCAUUUGUGUUUCAUUCAAUGCCUGAAUUUGGAGCUGCUAUAAGCAAAGGAAAGUUGCGUGGCAAAUUGGACCCAGUGUUAAUUGUAGGUUCUGGGCUCACUGCGGCUGAUGCAGUACUCUGUGCUUACAACAAUAAUAUCCCUGUGAUACAUGUAUUUCGCAGACGAGUAACCGAUCCAAGCUUAAUUUUCAAGCAGCUUCCCAAAAAGCUUUAUCCAGAAUACCAUAAAGUCUAUCAUAUGAUGUGUACUCGGUCAUAUUCUGUAAACUCAAAUCUUUCAUCUGAUUAUACCAGUUUUCCUGAGCACCAUGUGCUUUCCUUUAAGUCGGACAUGAAAUGCGUUCUUCAAAGCAUCUCUGGAUUGAAGAAAAUAUUUAAACUUUCUGCUGUGGUAGUGUUGAUAGGUUCUCAUCCUAAUCUGUCUUUUCUGAAGGAACAAGGAUGUUACCUAGGCCAUAAAUCAAGUCAGCCAAUCACAUGUAAGGGUAAUCCUGUGGAAAUAGAUACAUAUACCUAUGAGUGUGUUAAAGAAGCCAACCUUUUUGCAUUGGGUCCUUUGGUUGGAGACAAUUUUGUUCGAUUUUUAAAGGGAGGGGCACUGGGUGUUACACACUGUUUAACUACAAGACAGAAGAAAAAGCAGCAUUUAUUUGUUGAAAGAGGAGGAGGAGAUGGGAUAGCGUAAAGCAAGUUUAGAAGAA